GAUUGAUUCACCGACUGAGAUGAUUCAGUGACUCGAGACCGAGAGUGUCAUCAGUUGUUUACUCAUUAUAUCACAGUGUCUAGUUCAGGCAGCGUGUGUGUUUAGUUAAGCUCCCGAAAUAUCUCUCAUGUUAAUGUGAUUGAUUCUUAUUCAUUUACAGAUUCGAUUUAAGCCAUUUGUUAUUGUCGGGCCUGUAUCGAAUGGCUUUCAGUGCGUUAGCUCUCGGCUAGCGCUAACCUUCCAGCGCUGCGCAAAUUCAACCGCUUCGGUUUGUCAAAAAACACAAUAACACUCAAACAUGUCGUGUACGUGUGCUUCAGCAGCGAGAAAACUUCUGAAUUCAGCUCACAAAGGGAUUUCUGGCUCUGGAGUGCAGUUGCUGUUACUGAGCCGCCUGGGGACCCGUGAGGUUCGUCUGGCGCGCCGCGUCCCCGUGAGGUGGUUCUCGGAGACGUCUGUGUAUUAUGCUUCAAAAGAUGGGAUGAAAGAUGGAGACGGUGGAAAGAAAUCCGUUGGUGAAGGAAGUGGAAAAAGAAGCAGCUCUAGUAAUUCCGGAAAAGGAGGAAGUCAGCUGAGGUGCCCCAAAUGUGGAGAUCCUUGCACACAUGUAGAAACAUUUGUUUCAUCAACUCGCUUUGUGAAAUGUGAAAAAUGCCACCACUUUUUUGUGGUGCUUUCAGAAACAGACACCAAGAAGAGUUUGAGUAAAGACCCAGAGUCUGCAGCGGAAGCUGUCAAGUUGGCUUUCCAGCAGAAACCCCCUCCGCCACCUAAAAAGAUCUAUGCUUAUCUUGAUAAGUAUGUUGUGGGUCAGGAUCAUGCUAAGAAGGUUCUGUCGGUGGCCGUGUACAAUCAUUAUAAACGCAUCUACAACAACAUGCCGGGAGGCUCCAGGCAGCAGCAGGUGGAGGUGGAGAAACAGGCCUCCCUCACUCCUCGAGAGCUAGAGCUAAGACGACGGGAGGAUGAAUACAGGUUUACAAAGCUGCUGCAGAUUGCAGGGAUCAGUCCUCAUGGAAACGCUCUGGGCGCCUCCAUGCAGCAGCAGCUGAACCAGCAGGCACCUCAAGAGAAGAGAGGAGGAGAAGUGCUGGACUCCACACACACUGGCAUCAAACUAGAGAAGAGCAACAUAGUCCUGCUGGGCCCCACCGGCUCAGGGAAAACACUUCUGGCCCAAACAUUGGCUAAAUGCCUGGAUGUUCCCUUUGCAAUCUGUGACUGCACCACCCUCACUCAGGCAGGGUACGUGGGAGAGGACAUAGAGUCAGUCAUCGCAAAGCUGCUGCAGGACGCUAACUAUGUGGUUGAGAAAGCUCAACAAGGUAUCGUGUUUUUGGAUGAAGUAGACAAGAUAGGUAGCGUUCCUGGGAUCCAUCAGUUAAGGGACGUGGGAGGAGAGGGAGUGCAGCAGGGUUUACUGAAGCUACUGGAAGGCACUAUUGUUAAUGUUCCUGAGAAGAACACAAGGAAACUGAGGGGUGAAACUGUCCAAGUUGACACCACCAACAUCCUGUUUGUAGCAUCUGGAGCGUUUAACGGACUUGACCGUAUCAUCAGCAGGAGAAAGAAUGAGAAGUACCUUGGGUUUGGAACACCGUCUAACAUGGGGAAGGGUCGACGGGCGGCGGCAGCGGCUGACCUCGCUAACACCACGGGUGGAGAGAUGGACGUGGUGGCUGAGAUUGAGGAGAAGGACCGGCUUCUGAAACACGUGGAGGCCAGAGACCUCAUUGAGUUCGGGAUGAUUCCUGAGUUUGUGGGCCGUCUUCCUGUUGUGGUUCCAUUGCACAGCCUGGAUGAGGAGACACUGGUGCGGAUCCUCACAGAGCCACGCAAUGCUGUUGUGCCUCAGUAUCAGGCUCUCUUCAGCAUGGACAAGUGUGAUCUCAACAUGACACCUGAUGCCCUGAGAGCGAUUGCCAGAUUGGCUCUAGAGCGUAAAACCGGAGCCCGUGGGCUUAGAUCCAUAAUGGAGAAACUGCUGCUAGAUCCCAUGUUUGAGGUGCCACAUUCAGAUAUUGUGGCCGUGGAAGUGAGCAAGGAAGUGGUUGAUGGAAAAGCGCCACCUCAGUACAUACGAGCUGCAGCUAAAGAGUCCUCUGAGGAGGAGUACGACUCUGGAAUCGAAGAGGAUAACUGGACAAGACAGGCUGAUGCUGCCAAGAACUAAAAACAACAAACCCGGUUUAUAGUCAAGACAUUUCUUUAGCUCCUUGGUUCUCCUAAGGGUCCAUUUCUCACUGUAUGCUAGUGACGAUUUGUUACUCACUCUGGAAGAUCUAAUUCCUUGAGAAUAUCCCUAAAUAUCCCUCUCACUUUAAGCAAUCAUGGCUUAGAGAAAUGAGUUUAAAAUAAACCAAAUUCUCCCCUGACACUUUCCCCGUGAAGAGAUUGUUAACAGUAUGUGAAAUGUAAAGAGAAUUUUAUUUUAUUCUUAUUAACUUGAUCUUGUAAGUGAUUUUAUGAACCGUUUGAUUGGACACCAAACAGAUUGUGAAGAGUGAAGAAGGCUUGUACCAAUGUGUGUUUGACUUCAGAUACUAGUUAUACUGUUAUAUUGAUACAAUUAGAGAUCCUUAUAAAGCUAUAUCUGAUCAUUUUCAUAAAGUCUCCCAAUAUGCCCACGGUAGAUCAGUUUUUGUAGUUGACACACGUGUAUAAUAAUUAGAAACCCAUGUAUUUUAUCAAGGUCUGUUUAAUUUAAUUAGGUCUCUGAUUGAGCUGCCUUGUUUUUUUCCCCCUUUAAUCAACGCUAUAGGAUUUUUACAUGUCAGUUGUGCUAGUACACUCAAGCUGCUAUUUGCUUUAUGAUAAGGGGUCAAGAAAAUCAGUAACUGUCUGGAAUUGUAUCAGUGUGUUGUCAUAAUUUCUGUUGUUAUUCACAAAGUGGCCCAGUGAUGGAAGAUUUAUUUGUAUUGGCCAGAUUAAAACAAAUUGUACACGAGUAACUUUGGUCUCUUUGAGAAAGUUGUGCAUCACUAAUUGAAGUGAUCUCUGCUGAAUUCCUGGUGUAAUUCAUUUUCAGUCGCUUCACAGAAAUUGAUUUCUUUUUUCUUUUGAAAUGCGUUGUUACAGAAUAUACUCCGAUUAAGUGCAGGGUGGGAAGGGGUUACAUUUUUGUAUGGAGAGAGUAGAAACCAUGUGUGUUUUUGAUCCUCACACUUAAGCACAGAUGUACAAAACGAAUGUACGUGGGAAUAAAAUGUAAAUAUUAUCAGUGA